AACAGCCGAGCGACAACUGUAUGAAGAUGUCAGAUUACAAGUACUUUCCCAGCUCAACGACUCAGUCCCCGCAUCUUUAAAGUCCCUGCAGCCAAAUUUCUUCAUCAACAUUCUACAGAAGAUUGAGGCCAUGCGCAUGAUAUGCAACCUCGGUCUUCAAUAUCAUUUGCGACACGAGAAGCCAUCCUUCCACGAAGCAGCUAAUGAUUGGCAAUCAGAAGUACAAAGGGCGUUCAACCUGAGACGCGAAGAAGGCGUUAUUCAGUGUCAAUUAUGCGGUCUUCGCCUCGACGAAAUGGAAAGUCUUGUCGACGAGGGAGUGCAAGGAGGGAAGCCCUGGUUCUCUCGUUGUCUUGCAUUCCUAUGUCCAGUCUGCUCUCAAAGCGAGACUAAUCGAGAGAGAUUUUGCCCUCAUAAGCCAGUAUGUUGCAUCGCUACGGUCACAACAGACAUCCCGUUCUCAGAUUUGUCGGUGGGCAUACCAACCCAUUCUCACGAAAUACCCUCCAAGGUGGCAAUGUUGUUGUGCGAUCUUAGAAAGCAGUCUCCACAAACUAAAUGCGUUGUUUUCUCUUCUUGGAGGACUACACUUAAUGUCAUCCAGGCCAGUCUUGAUCGUGAGCAUAUUCCAUGUCUGAGAUUCGACGGCACUAUUAUGCAGAAGGAAAGGCACAGCGUUAUCGAUAGGUUCCGCAAUGACCCUCAUAUUAGGGUUCUACUUUUAACCUUGACGUGUGGUGCAGUUGGACUAACAUUGACGGAAGCUUCUCGAGCUUAUUUGAUGGAGCCAAGCUGGAAUCCGACACUGGAAGACCAGGCGCUGGCACGAAUUCACCGGAUUGGACAGACCCAAGAAGUGACUACAUUGAGGAUGUUUGUGCAGAACUCCUUCGAAGAGGUGAGAUUGUAG